AAAAAUAUAUUGAAACCAGGAUCUGUUGUAAUGAACUGUACAGAUUUGGAGCUCACACAGUCAUCCGACAGCUGGGUUACAGAUGUACAAGAAUUCUUAACCAAACAUGAUAAACAUAUGAUAGCAGAUGCUGAGAUUGGGUUUGCUGUUUUAUAUUGUUCUACAGAAAAACACUGCAAUCCUGAUUAUGUUCUAGAUGCUGAUAUUUCAAGGUUACCAUCCCAGAGUCUUUCUCAAGUUGAACCAUUUGUAGCUAACACAGAAACACAAGACAGGUCCCAGAGAGGUUCAAAAAGUCAGAAGAGAAAAGACACACAGACAGUUAUUGAUGAGACCAAGUUUGGUGAGGAUACAGGCCGGACUCAGACCCCGAGAGCUACCCAGAGAGACCAAAGUGACAGAACUCAAACUCAAAAGACCAGUCAGAAAGAGAAGGUACAGAAUGAGAAAUCACAAGUGGUACCAGUGGUAAAGGUUAAAGAUGAGCCACCUACGCCCUCUCGUUCCACAAAGAAAAGGAAUAGAUCGGAAGUGGAACCGGAACAAAUUGAAGUGUUAAGUAAGAGAGUAAAAGCUGAACCAGUUACACCAUCUAAAUCAACCAAGUCUAAUCAAUCGAAUGUGUCCAAAUCCAAAGAAAAUAAAUCAAGCACAUCCAGGGCAGAGGAUGAUGCUGAAAUAAUAUGGGAUAGUGAUGAUGAAAUUGACUACUCUAGAAUAGACACAGAUGUGCCUUCUAAAACAACUAAACAAAAAACAUCACCCAGACAAACAAGGAGAAAUUCACCAGCCCCUGAAAGCAAAUCAAAGAGAAGUAAUACAAACAAAAGUAGGUCAAGGUCAAAGUCACCGGCUCCAAGGUCAAAAUCUCCAGCAAUAAAAUCAAAGUCUCCAACCCCAGAGAGCACAACGAAAAGAGGUCAACGAAAUAAAAGGUCACGGUCCAAGUCUCCAGCUCCAAGGUCAAGGUCACCUGCUUCAAGUUCAAGGUUGCAGGCUCAGGCAGAUAAGGAAGUGAAAAAAGAACCUAUAUCACCCAGUCCAAAAACAAGUUCAAAACGAAAUGGAAAGGGUGAAGACUCUGAAAAUAACAUGCUUAGCAAGGAUGUGAAAGUUGAAGAUGAAAGUCAAGGUCACACACAGAGUAAACAGGGACAUGGUAAUGGCAAAGAAAAUAUGGCUAAGAGACAGUUGAAGAAAGAGGAGGAGGAAGAUAUUACAUUGUAUGACCGAAGGUCCGGUUUGAGUCAAAGAGACGUACCAGAUGGCUUCCUAACUACACGACAACCUAUCAGAGAUCAGGUUCAGAGACAUGAGGGAUAUGAAAGAGAUGAGGAUUUGCCUGUAGGAUGUGUACAUGUAGAAACAGUGAGUCUGAUUUCCCGGAAACCGGCACCAAAAGAGAAUGGUGCGGGCGACUGUCCUGAAGGGUUUACAAGAUGGAAGGGGAAAAUUGUCCGCAACUUUAAAAAAUUUAAAAAGACAGACCAUGCAGGCUCUCAAGGGUUACCUAAUAUUAUUGGAGGUAGUGAUCUUGAGGUGCAUGUUGCUAAAAGAUCAAAAGAGUUAGAUGACUGGUUCAGGGAAUCUUUACAGACAGAAACAGAACACAAUGCUGAAGAGAAAAGGGCCCAGGAUUUGUUUGAUUUUGAUCCAAGUGCACGGCGAAGAGGGAGAUAAAAUUUAUGAACAUUUCAAAAUUUUUAUGAGUUGUGUUAUUUCCUUGAUUAAAACCUUCGUUUUGA